GAUUGACUGUUGUUAUUAUCAUCACCAUCAUCAUCAGUUUUAAUAUGGAUAUUCGUCCAAAUCAUACACUCUAUGUGAAUAAUUUAAAUGAUAAAGUCAAAAAGAAUGAUCUGAAACGAGCCUUGUAUUAUAUAUUUGGUCAACAUGGUCGACUCAUUGAUAUUAUUGCUAUGAAAACAAUGAAAAUGCGUGGUCAAGCGUUUAUUAUUUAUCAAGAGAUAACAUGUGCAACACAAGCCUAUCGUUCAUUACAAGGAUUCCAGUUGUUUCAACGGCCUAUGCGAGUAACCUAUGCCAAGAAAGAUUCCCAACAGAUUAUCAGUUUGAAAGGUGUCAGCGCUGAAGUACAAAAGAGACGUGAAGAAGAACGUGAGAAACGCAAGCGAAAGAAAAUGGCACAACGUGCUGCUGCUGCGGCUGCAGCUUUACAAGCAGCUAAUCAAUCGGUAAAUGGACCGGCUGGAACAGGUGGAGAUGUCAACGCUUGUUGGAUCAACCUAAUCACAUUCUAUUCGUCAGUAAUCUACCCGAAGAGACAACUGAUGCUAUGCUUACAAUGUUGUUUAGUCAAUUCUCCGGUUUUAAAGAAGCUAGACGAGCUGCUGGUGAGUUGGUUUUGUAGAAUAUGAAACAGAGACACAAGCAGCUGCUGCUAGAUCCGCUUAUGAAGGCUUCAAAUUGACACCAACCCACGCGAUGCAAAUAACCUUUGCAAAGAAAUAAGUGGAGGUGGCAAAAGCUCGCCUGUGUUUGUCCGCCUGUCUGUUUAUCUAUUUCAUCAAAUGAAAUUAUGCCAGACAUAAGAAUAUAAAUAAAUAUAUAAAUAUUUGAAUACA